AUGGCUGAUCAAGAUUUCGGUCCAAGCUAUCACGACUCUGCACAAAAGCUAACAGAACUCGGUGCCAACCCUCCAACGAACGCUUGGGAUUCCGCUGAGGUCGAUGCGUGGCUUAUUAAUGCCCAUUCCAGCUGGACUGUCUGCGAUACUACUUGGAGCGCAGUAGAAGAUGUCGACGAGGACGACUGGUCUGAACUCGAAUUCGCUGCACUAUCGUGCCUUCAACAUUUUCCUCGGAAACUCGUGUCUCAGGCGCGAGCAGAGUUUAAUGCGAUGCUGGUGUUCUUCGACAAGUAUAACAUCACUGUUAGUCCUCUUGUCCUUCGUCCGGCCGUGUCUCGUCAGUCGCGUGCACCUUCGAUGGCUCUGGGUCGCGGACUUUCUCAAACGCCUCACAAACUACUUCGUCACGCAACACUCCCGCCUCCCGUUAAUAUGGGCGCGUCGACUUCUUCUAGUCAGCAGGAAGUCGUGUCUAUGCAAUCAAGAAACACGCCUUCGGUUCCUCCGUCUCCCAAGGGGACGACUUCAAAUUUGAACAUUUCCAAUGCUACGACGCCUGUCCAGGCCAAGGAGAAAACUCCUGUGCCUCCUGCUUCAAGACAACCAACACCUCGUCGUUCUCCCUCGACGGAGAAAACUCCAGUCCUUUCUCGCUCUCAACCAACGCCUUCGGGGACUACGAGUCCAGCGCCGUCCAUAUUCAAACCUUCUUCUCCGGCUCUUCCGACUUCAAGAAAAGCUUCACCAGUUCCACCGGUGUUGGAUACUCAGUCGGUAUCUGCUCAAGACCUCUUCAAGGAGAAGACGCCCCCUCCUGCGCAUGGAGCUGGAGACCAAGGCGUAGACCAAUCUGGUCCGCCUGCUGCCAAUGACGAGCGUCUUGGUUUAGCUGGUCCUUCUUCAAUGCUGCUUGGUCAACCUUUGCCGCC